UGAAUGUUAGCAAAAAAGGGCCCUAAUCCGAAGGGCUCAGUGCCCCUGAUUUCAGGGGACGUACCCUUCUACAACAGCAGAAUAGCAGCCCCAAAAAACCCAAAGAUGGUCAUGUCUCCCAGACCACCCAAGGUGGCUCCUUCUGAGUUCAUGCGUGAGAUGGCCAUGUCCACCGAGGAGAGACUGCAGCACACGCACACCAUGAAGAGGCCUCUCAUUCUGGAACUACUAGACAUGGGAACCACCACUUACCAGAAAUUCACAGACGUUCCCUUAUCCCGCGCCAUCUUCCAACCCUUCCCAAGUGAAAUUAUCUUCCAGCAGUACACCCCUGGAAAGAUGUUUGAAGUGCCCCUUCUGCUGAGGAAUGACGACAAAGUUCCCCGCCUAGUCAAGGUCACGGCCGAGUUUAGCCCCUACUUCAAAGUGGUCACGCCUUCCAACUCAGGGGACAAAGUGGCACCUGGCAUGGCUGCCACUUACGUCGUUCAGUUUUACCCUGAGGAAAAUAAGGACUAUGCACACGAGCUAGUUUGCAUCAGCGAGCGGGAGAAGUUUUCAGUGCCUGUGCGGUGUAUCGGAGCGAGACCAGUGCUGGACUUCCCGGACAGCGUAGACUUCGGGAGCCAGUGUCCAGUCAGGUUCCAGAGUGAGAAGACUGUGCACGUGAGGAACAUCGGAUCCAAACAGGCCAAGUUCGAACUGGAUUGUCAGGAACCCUUCUCUGUGGUUCCCAGUGUGGUGGAGUGUGUGGGAGUGGGGGAGAGUGUGCAAGUGAGUGUCCUCUUCAACCCCCUCUCAGUCGGCCACUUCUCCUGUCCCCUCAAAGUAGCCCUAGACUCAGGAGAAAGUCUGUUCGUGGACCUCUUUGGGAGCGGAGUGGAUCUGAACAUCAGGCUGGACAAGAACACGGUGCUGAUGGAGAGCACCUUCAUCUCCCUCGCCACCCAGAGGACUCUCUCCAUUUCCAACAAGAGCGACCAUCUAGUCCACUUCAAGUGGAAGAAACUGCCCACUCCUCAAGUCGAACAGGACACCAAGCAACAGAUGCUGAUGGAUCUGGAGACUGAGGAAGGGGUGGAGAAAGAUCGAUUUCUGGCCGAGGUAGAGGUGGACCCCCAACUGAAAGACAGAGUGUCCCUACUCUACAGGACAUUCUACAACAGAAAGAACACUGUGCAACAGGACGACAUUCUCUUCUCAGACGAGCACUUCUCAAUCGACCCUCUGGAGGGCGACAUCUUCCCUCGGUCUGACUUCGACAUCAGUCUCGUAUUCCGACCGAGGACUGUUGCCGACUACACAGCUGUAGCUUUCUGUGAGGUGACUGGGAGGGAAAACCGAAUGCCCCUCAGACUCAAGGGGGAAGCACUUGGACCCAAGGUAUCACUUUCUUAUGUGGAUCUUAACGUCGGAAAUGUGUACAUCAACUCCACCCACCUUUUCGAGGUCAUCCUAUCAAAUAAGGGGGCCAUAGAUGCCAUCUACAGUAUCCUCCCCAACACCUCCGUCCAUGGCUCCUGCUUCUCCUUCGACCCCGUCGAGGGUCUGGUGUUGCCGGAUAGUCACCAGGCCAUCACGAUUAAUUUUGACGCAGUAUCCUAUGGAAUAUUUGCAGAGGAGUUUCUGUUCGCAAUAGACGGGACAGCCGAACGACUGAAACUUCGAAUCAUCGGUCACACUAUUGGUCCAAACUUGAGCUUCAACGUGCCUCAGCUGAAAUUUGGCUCUGUCAGUUUCGGCUUUCCGUCAACAGUCAAUGUGAAAUUGAAGAGUGAGUCUGUGAUCCCAUUCGAAGUGAAGUUGCGAGUGCCUUCCGAUGGCACGGUGUCUCCUCGAAGCGGCCAGCUGACGGAAAGAGACGGCGUGGUGAGCACGAGAGGGGGUCCCAGAACCGACACUAGAUCGGGAGCACCGAAGGAGUUCUCAAUUGAACCCAGUGUUGCCAACUUAGAUCCAAAUGAGACAUUAGAUGUUUCAGUAACCUUGACAAGCAACUCUCUUCAAAAAUAUGACACAAUGUUAGUCGUGGACGUCACAGAUGCAGGUACAGAUAUAGUGUCUCUGCCAAUCAAGGCCAGGUGUGUGGUGCCUCCAGUAGUGUGUGACCCCCGCUGGAUUGACUUGGGCAGGUGUUUCCUCAGAUACCCCUACCUGAACAGAGUGACAUUGGUGAAUGAUUCUGAUCUUUCGACUAGAUAUGAAUUGAUGCCCCAAGUAGCGGGUGACAGUCUUCCCUUCAACUUCCAAAGCGACCGACCUAAGGGCAUCAUCGGUGGUAAGAGUAGGGUGGAGGUACCAGUGACUGUGACUGUCAAUCAGAUGGGCAGGCAUUCCUUCCCUGUCCACUUUGUGCUCUACGGCAGCAGAGAAGCACCCAUCCAAGCGACUAUUGAGUGUUUCGGAGAGGGUCCAGUGGUUCACUCCUCCUCAUUCGAACUGGACUACGGAUCCAUCCCAGUACUGCACAACAUCCACAAGAGACUGACGCUAUCCAAUGAGAGUCUGGUGCCUGCCUACUUCGCCACUAGACUGUUGAGUGGCAGUGCGUCCGUGUGGCACUGUGAGCCGGAGUUGGGACACAUCCCUCCUGGGGAUAGUGUGGAUGUCAGGGUGGUCGCAUACCUCGAUGACUCCCUCAAGUUCAAAGACAGACUAUUCAUAGACAUAGAAGAGAGUAGUUGUAUCUGUGUGGAGUUGAAUGCCGAGGGCCAUGGCUCCACCAUUGUGUCCGAUCCCCCUAUUGGACCCACUCUGGACCUCAAAUCACGCUUCUGCAACCGGAAGUUUGAGUUUGCGUUCACGCUUUCGAAUGUGGGGCGCAGACAGCAACAGAUUUUCUGGUCCACCGAGGGUUUCGAGAAAGAGAAGAGACGUCCGGCAGACACUCCCCAGGACCCUGAUGAUCUGGCUGUGCAGAAGAAGAAGCAACUGGCGUUACAGGAGCAACCGAGGAGACCCCACUUCACACUUAUACCCAGCAGGGCUGCCCUGGAGCCAGGAGAAAGUGUGGAUGUUAUUCUGGAAGGAUACUGCGACAGUGCCAAGGACGUGAAGGAGCGAAUUGUGUGUCAGUCGAUUUACAACAAGAAGACUGGCAAGCAGAAGAUCAUCGCAGUCGAUGUGCUGGCCCACUUCAUAGAUCCAGCCAUCAAACUGAGCCAGAAGAUGAUCCAGUUCAGACAGGACCUGCAGCCGCAGGAGAAGGCUGGUGCGAUGCACGAAGAGGUCUGUAUCGGCAACACUUCCUCCCUGUCUCUCACUGCCAAGAUUGAAGUGGAUCCCCCAUUUGCACUUGUCAAGUUGGACUCCACCCUCACGCAACAAUUGGAGUUGAUUCUGGACGCUGGCCAGGAGUACCGGGGCGUGGUUUGCUUCGAUGCCUCCCAGAUGAGUGAAUCCCAGAAAAGACACACAGUCAGGGCUGAGGGAUCUCUCUCUUUCUCAUAUAAGGAACAUCCGCAGAAGGAAAUAGUUCCCCUGGUGGCUGAAGUGAACUUCCCCAACCUCAGUUUCGACUGUUCCGACGUGGACUUCGGCUGCAUCCUCAACGACACAGAGGACACAAGAGUGAUCGUGGCCACGAACACAAGUCCACUUCCUGUCAGGUACCAGUGGCAGUUUGAGGCACCUGACCACCCUAUUGUGGUACAGAGGGAACCCUACGUGCCCCCCUUGAGCAGCGAGAGUGGGGGGAGUGUGGGGACCACUGCUGUGUUGUACAUGCAGAUGAAUAGUGACAAUCAGUUGGAGAAGAGCCAGUUGGACGAAAUGCAGAGUGAGAAAGGACGCAAAGAUAAAGUCCAGGAACACCUGAACGAAGGUCGAAGUGGGGUUUCGACCGCAAUUGAAGAGGCACGGAACCAGUUGGAAGACCAAACAGAUCGAGUUGCCCCAUUAGAAAGUGUUUCCCAGCCCAUUCUAAAUAACGGGGGAGGGGGAGAUGCGAUGUCAAUCCAGGCAACUCAGCGAGCGGGUUCUGACCCACAAGGAACUGCUAAUGUUCUGCCAAUGACUAGUCUUGGAUCCCUGGACACUGCAGCGUCGAUGCCUGGAUUCGGGAGACCAACAAUUGCAAACUACUCUCAGAUCUCAGUGGCUGGAACUCCGGCGGACGAGAAAUCGGCCAUGAACUCCGCUCCAAACUUGGCCACGAUAGGCGAGGUGUUUGACAUUAUGCCUCUCUAUGGCACAAUUCAACCAGGGGAGUCCCAGAGGUUCUCUUUCUCCUUCUACGCGCACCCGGGCAUCUCUGUCCAGGGCAAGGCCAUCUGUAAAGUGGAGGGAGGCCCCGAAUAUUCAGUGGACCUGUCUGGGUCUGCAAGUGUCAUCAGUUACAAUAUGGACACAGAGCCUAUCCAUUUCGGCCACCAGUCGUUCAAUCGCGAGUGCAGUGCCACUUUGCAGUUAUCAAACACAGGCUUGGUUGGCUUUGACUUCCGGUGUCUGGACUCGGAGUUGGUGGUGAAUCCAGACGAUGACCUCAAAGCAGGAGAGCCACUCUUAGUACCAGCAUCUGGAUUCUUAGAAGCGGGCGAAACAAUCGAGUUACAAGUCAAACUAAUUCCUGGAACGCCCGAGCCUUUCCUAAAGAAACUUCGAGUACAAGUCGCACACUUCGAGCCCCACGUGAUCGAAAUCAAGGGAGAGGGUGUGUUUCCCAGGCUAGUUUUGGAUCUUCCCAGGGAGUACAAGGAAGAGGAGCAGAGAGCGUAUGAUCAGGCUAAGAAGAGUCUAAAGGAGAGAAGAAGUGGCCAAUCAGACGAAUCGAAACAUGUCAUGUCGUUCUUGGCCGUUGACAAACAAGACGAAGAGGCCGAGGUUUACGAACCCAGUGAUCUUAAAAUUCAAAUCGAGAUGGAAGCUCUGCUGUUGAAGCAGUUCUACGAAAAGAGACCAGGUCUUCUUUUGAACCAGUCUUCUACCAGAGCAAAUACAGAGGAGGUUUCUACUCGUCAGUCCAAAGACCGAACUUCCUCCAAGGCGUCCUCGACGUCCAAGUCCUCUGGGGAACUGAGACUGCCGGACUACGUUCUGGACUUCGGCCAUGUGAUUCUAGGAGACGUGCGUACACAUGUGCUGUGUGCGACUAACGUGGGAUAUUUUCCAAUUUCAUUCACAAUUGAUGACGCCAAACUGAAGGGCACAGGUUUUAACACGGAGAUAGAAAAAGUGAAGAAUCUGCCUGGGUACCCUGACUACGACUCAGUUCAUUCUGUCAUCGGCUUCGAUCCCAGGGGGGCCGGACUAGACAUUGGACCCGUGAACGCUUAUGCUACAGUACAGGUGAAAGAAGGUCCGAGUGUGCGGGUGUUGUUGCGGGCCGAGGUGACGCAGCCGAGUGUGGAGUUGUCACACGACUCCGUUGACUUCGGGGAGGUAGAGUGCGGACAGUGCAAGAUAGUGUCCGUGCAAUUGCACAACCACACCCACGUGACUGCUAACUGGGCAUUCGUUCCUCCCACACAGAACAGCGAAAAGCAGGGUGGCAACAACGAGAAGCCUUCACCCCGGAUUAAAUCUGCAGAUCGGGAGUCGGACAAGUUUGUGCCUAUGCACCUGAGAAAAAAGAGCAAACACACAGUCCUUCCAGCUCCCCUCAAUUUUGAGCUUAUCCCGCGGAGUGGGAUCUUGGCUCCGGGUCAGAGAUCUAAUGUGCAGGUCAAAUUCAUGCCCACCAAAGAGCAGCAAUACUCUUCAAGGGUCAACAUUAAACUGUCGCAGAGCAGCCGAAAGGUCAUGCUCCAGGUGUCUGGGGAUGGGAAGGAGCCUGGUUUGGAUCUGGAGAGCAAUGUCGUUGAGUUCGGCCCCGUGCUGCCCCACAGUCUGGGCGAGGAGAGAAGUGUCGUGUUCAGGAACUCCUCCCAAUUCCCCAUUGAGAUUUACAGUGUAGAGUUCGACUCACAGUACAUAGAAGAGGAACGGAUACUGCGAGGCAUGCGUGGAUACGACCAGUACAACACCUUGCUAUUGCCUCCGCGACUUCCGGGUGACAAAUUGCCCCAGGAGUUACUGGAUGCUGACGAGGAGGAAAGAAGGCGGGUGGGGGCUGUGAUAGAACAGUCGCGAGUCCUCGGAGGAACUGAAUCCGCUCUGCAACAGGACCUGGCUGGAGACCAAGGCGAGGGAUUGGCCCCAGACGCCGAUGGAAACAAGGGGGAUGUAGCCAAUGAAGCUUCUCCCACCCCUGGGCUGCCUGCCAAGGAAGGAGGCAUAACAGGAGAGGGUGAUCAGCUGGAUAACGUACAGACUACUUCUUUUAAGGUGGGAGCCCCGCCGACUACCGACAGAACACGCACCAGGCUAGAGUCCGUCACCAAAACAGAGGACGACUUGAAGAGUAAAACCACAGCGGCUGGUGAACUUGAAAUAACUCCAGUGUCAGCUGCCAUUGCUAGAUACUUGGACAUUGACCUCAGUCCAGAAGGAAAGAAAGCCAGAAACAGAAGAGGAGUUGCCAUUAUAAUACAUGGGGCUCCUCAGGCGGGUAAAACUACCACCGCGGAAGCCAUGGCGAAGCACUACCAGGGAACUGUACUUGACAUAGACCAAGUUGUCCUAGAUGCAAUUACAGCUGGAAAUACGCCAGCGGGAUUGAAGGCGCGUGAACUGUGUCAGGCCGCCGGGGAGGCGCAACGGGAACCAGCAGGAGAUGACGAGGCCGGGUUCCCUGGAUCCAAUCCAGAGACUAGACGAGAUACCUCCCCAGGUGCCGGCGCGAAAACUGCCACCCAUGAUCCAAACACGGAGAGUUUUGCGACUGUUAGUGGAAAACAGGACGCGCCUGUCGCGCAAACAGCUGCAGGAACUGCCGGAGGUAAAACUCAUGCAGGGAAACCGGGGGGUCCGAAAAAAGAUGCGGGACAGGCGGCAGCAGGAGGAGCAGUCGAGAUAGCGCCAGAGACGGUGGAGCCUCCCGCGAGGCGAUUGAGUGUGGCGUCUAGCAUUGCCGGUGAGAGUGGACUGUACAGCUGUCAUCUGCCAGAGGAGGUUUUAGUGGAAAUACUGGAUGACCGUAUGCAGAUGGCAGACUGCUACUGCAACGUAGUGUUCGAUGGCCUUGAGUCUGUGUUCACACCUUCUGUGACGUCAUCAGCUAGUGUGGUGUUGAAGGCAUUCAACAACAGGAAGUACAUCUUCCUCCUCACUCUGCGUGGAUCCCUGCAGGACCUGAAAGAGAGGGAAUCGGCAGCUCAGAAGAAGAAACAAAAAGAAAAAGAGGCCAAGUUGGAGGCGGAGAGGACUUUCCUGCAGGAGAUGGACGAAGACGAGUACGACGCACUCUCAGAGGAGCAGAAGAGAGUCGUGGACCAGCACCAGCUUCUCAUCAAGAAACAGCGCAUGCAACGUGACCGGGAAAAGAGUGAAGAAGAAAGAAAGAAACGGGAGCUGGAGGCUCUUCUGGAGCAGCAGAGGCUAGAAGAGGAGGCAAAGGCUAAAAAGGGACAGGGAAAGAAGAAACAGCAGCACCAGGACAGCGCCAAGCAUGACAAGAAAGGAGACAAAAAAGGGGGCGGCAAGGAGAGUGCGCGAGCUGAAUCAGUGGCUGGAGCAGCGGCCGCUCUGGCCCAGAAGAGUAGCGCGAAAGACUCCCGGAAGUCUCAGCAUCAGGAAGUUGUUCCUGGAGCUGGACAGGCUGGUGCGCCGCAGGGGCCAGUGCAGGACCAAGUGCAGGAUGUGGAAGCUCCUUUGACAGAGCAGGAGAUCAAAUUGAAGCGAAGAAUGCGUCAUUUUGAGCUGACCAUCAAAGACGUAGCGAAGCUAGCGGAGAGAUGGGACAGGUGCAAAGGGGACGUGAAUAGACCGCUAACUCCUCCUCCUGACGAUGCAGAUGACCGAGCACACAAGGGUAAGGGAAAGAAAGAGGAGAAAAAGGAAGACGACGAGAUUCUCGGUUCGAAUCCCGCACUACUCGACGAGAAUAUUUCCGUUGGAAUUCCACAUAUUGUACUUUCCAUUGCACAUGAGGCUGAAACAGUGUUCUCAGAGAAGGUGUUAGCGAUGGAAUUCAUGCCUAAAUUCUCAGAUAUCAUGGACGGCUUGGGUUUGGGUUCCCAGGGUCCACCCCUUCCGCCUCCCUCUUUCUUCCAGGUGGUUCAGUUUCCAACAAAGCGACAGCAAGUCAACCUUGCUGAUAUAUCGGAGCAUUUUGCAUUCAUCGCCGCUACACUCGACGACCCGAACGUGAUUCCUGUAGAAGAAGGAGAGGAGAACGACGAUGAGUCAGAGGUUGCCAGUACCUUGGGUGACAAGAAUCCACCCGGCACCACGGGUAGGAAAGCCAAGAAGACUUCAGGCGAGGCGAUGGCUGCCAAGGCAGUUUCAGCGGCUGGUCAGAAGGAGAAAGCGUCGGCCAAGGGCUCCAAGGGGAAGAGAGGCAAGGUGGGCACUGGUGAGUUGGACAGAGACGAAGAAAGCCAACAGAGCGCCAAACUCAACAAGUUCCGAUGGGUGAUAGAUGCGAAUAGCGAAGUAGUGCUGCGACUGAGGUUCACUUCCAACGACAUCGGCCAAUUCGACCAGACGCUCAAUUUCGAAAUAGUGGGCACUAAGAGACGAUACCAGCUGUUCUGCAGAGGCACUUGUUCCUUCCCCCAUAUCUCCAGGGAGCCAAGAGUGGUAUUUCCCAACCGAAAGAAGACAGUUAAGAAAGACGAAAUCGUAAACAAAAAGUACGUCAUGUCUCCCAAUAGCGAGUACUAUGAGUUCGGACCACUCCUUUGUGGCAAGAGUCGGGAGGCCUACUUAGAUGGUAGAUAUCCUGAAAACAUGGAGUGUCUCAACAUCACAAACACUUCUGCGAUGCAAGCCCAACUGGCCGUUACUUUCAUGAAUGACACCAAGGGCGAGACGUUUCUGUUCCAUCCUUCAACCAUGGAUCUGAAACCAGGCGAGUCCCAGUCAUUGCGGAUCUGGGCAUAUCCAAAAUCUCCAGGACUGGUCAAGGAUACCCUGGUUUGCUGUGUGAAGGAGAACCCGGAACCCCUGACGUUUAAGGUGCAAUGCACUGGAGUCAGACCAGAAGUGGAGAUGGACAAGAAAGAGUUCAAGUUUGAAAAAGUACUCCUCCACAGGAAAGAUUCUCGAGUGAUCUACAUUAAAAACACUUCGCUUCUGCCGGUUGCAUGGCGCCUCAAUGGAGUGGAGGCUCUGGGAGAAGACUUCUCAAUGAGUCAGGAACAGGGCAUCAUAGAUCCUAAGAAGGAGUUCCCACUCACAUGUCACUUCAGGGGUCUCAAACCAACCAACGUGCGGAAGAUGAUCAGAUUGGAGGUAUCAGAUAAAGACCAGAUUAUGGGCUUGGUGCAGCUGGAGAACCUUCAGAUCACUGCCGAGGCCUAUGACGUCGCUUUGGACAUGAGUUUCCCGAAGGGCACCGAGGGCGGCAUAGACUUUGGUACGAACAGGGUGGGCGAGACAGUGAAACAGACGCUCAGUCUGAAAAACAAGGGCAAAUACGACUGUGGAUUCCUACUGACAGUGGAACAUGAGGGUCCAUAUGCGAGUGAGAUGGACAAGUUGUUCCAAGUGUACCCUGCCAAGGGGUCUCUACUCCCCAAUGACAGACCCACCACUGUCCAGAUUACAUUCGUGUCCAGCUCCGAAGUCCAAAUCGACAACCUGCCUCUCAUCAAGUGCAACAUAAUGGACCCUAACUUGGGCCCGUCUGGCGAGACUAUUGCCUGCAUUCCCAUCAAAAUAGCAGUGAGAGCUCUCUACAGUCGCUAUGCACUCCUGCCUCAGACAGACAUAGACUUCGGCUCAGUGAUUGUGAACUCGAAGAAACAGUUGCAGUUCGCCAUCGAGAACAAGGGAGAGUUCGAGUUCAAGUUCAACAUCUCCAAGCCAACGCCAGAGGAUCAAUUCCUGCCUACCAACAGUAAAGGAAAGAGCGACUCUUUCAAAGCGGGACGGUCUGUGGAGACAACCAGUGCCACCGCUAGAUCUGCGAACAACAAGAGUGCUCUAUCGAAGUCUACGGGCAAAAACGGUGACAUGAAUGCGAUGGGUCCAGGAGCUUCUUCCGGCCCUGCAAUACAGACACUGGCAGGGGCCAAACUGCUCACAGGACCAUUCACUAUCAACCCCGCUUUUGGAGUAGUGCUUCCCAAAGCACAGCAGGUGAUUCAAGUGGAAUGUAUUCCGGACGCAGUUUGCCGACUGGACGAGGAGUUCGCGAUCGACAUCUCGGACAGGGAACCGAUGGACCACCCGGAGGGGGUGCCCUACCACAUCGUGGCAGAUGCAGUGGUGCCUGGAUUCAGCACUGAGGACACCCAGUCUAUCUUUGAAGAACAUCUCCUCUGUCAGAGUCUGGCUCUCUUCCUCAAAACUAACAGAGUGGAGCACAUGCAAGGCAUCUUCUGUGAGGGCGAGAACAAAUUCGUGUUCCUCAAUGUGGUAGUGGGGAAGACAGCCAAAGCCAGAUUCAAGAUCACCAACCCACACAAGGUCAAGUGUGAAGUUUCCUUUGUGAUCACUUCUGGAAACAGCAGCAGCGGUGGGAACGCCUCCCCCUCCAAAAAAUCCAAUAGUCCCGACGUGUUUGAUAUGGAGAUGAAGAAAGCACUCAUCCAGCCGCAUAGUUCCUACUCUGCAGAAGUCACCUUCAGACCCACUUCGAUGAGUCAGUUCUGGGGUAGUUUUGAGGCGGUGGUCGAAGGAUUGCCCACCUCUCUGAGUCAAAAGUUUAAACCUCUGUCGUUUGAGUUGUUCGGAGAAGGAAAUCUGCCAAAGGUGAGUGUUUUGAAGCCGAGCGUGAAGAACAAGAAGGGACUGCCUGUGUUAAUGUACAGACGUCUUCUGAUUGGACAAGAGCAGAAACAGCAGAUAGUGUUGGUGAAUGAUGGCAACUUGAAGAGCACCAUCUUUGUGGACCUGGUCGACGAAAGCGGAGUAUUUGACAUACAACAGCUAUCUAAAAACGAAAGCGUUUAUGAAGCUGGAGAAGAAUCAACUCCUCACAAAUUCGGGUUGAUUCUCAAUGUGGGCGAGCAGGCUUCAUUCGACGUCCUCUUCUCUCCAAUAGACGCCGUACGGUUCUUUGGUUCAGUCAAAGUAUCCUUAGUUGACAAUCCCUUCGAAGACGCUUCAAUAGUCCUGCUAGGAGAGGGUUAUAUGGAAGAUAUAACAUUGGAGAAUGUCCAUACUGUUAAAGACGACUCAUUGUCGGCAUCCGCAUUUUCGGCAGCCAAUCAGAACUCUGAAGAUGAGGAUGAAUCGGAUAAUGACGUCAUUGAUGACUCAGAUGCAGCUGUUACUCCAGUGGAUGACAAGAGUCGAUCCCGCUCCCCCUCUCUAGCCAGUGUGCGUUUGGGGGAGCAACGUGCCUCUAACUCGCACUCCACUUCCCAAUUUUUGACUCCACUCCUUCCCCCCUCGGGGUCGGAUGGAGGCAAGAGGGAUAGUCUUCACGCUGAAAUGUUCUCUCACUUGUUCCUCUACAACCAUCUUGGAUUCGGAAACGUGUUUGUGGGUGCCAAGAGGAGUCUCGUGUUCAGCCUGGUCAACCACUCCACCUGCUGCUAUCGAUUCUCUCUCCCCGCAGACCACGCCCACUUGAAGUUCUCCCCUGCAGAGGGACACCUGCACCCAUCCUGCUCCAAAGAUGUCACUGCCGUUUUCUCUUCCGACAGUCCGGUGCAGUUGGACAGACAGCAGAUCCAAAUCAAGGCUAAUAUGAUUGAGUUCACAGCCCCAAUGGAAGAGGUGAGAGACUGGGAUGACAGACAGAAGGUCGUGAAGUGGGUCGAUGCAGUGGCUCCUAAGUCGGCAUCCUCCACUGCGAUGCAAAAGGAUCAGCAGGACGGAAACACGAGCAAAGCUGCCAAGAACAAGAAAGGCUCAGUGACAAUUCAAGACGACAACAAUCAUUCGGAACACAAAAAUCCGCACAUAUCAAGUCGACACAAUUCGAGUCCUCGCCACAGUGUGAGCUCCUCUCGCGGUGCAUCAGUCGCGGCCCACGACUCAGCAGUCGGGCUUGGCCGAGUCUCCAGUGUUGCGACCAGCUCGACUGCAGCCUACGAGGCGGCCAACGAGAAAGAAAUGUCUCAGCCCGAACUGCAGGGUCCGAGGAAGAAAAAAGUGACGGAAUUGAAAGCUGAGCCUGAACACACGUUGGUGGAGGGAGGACAAAGAGACAUUGCUGCGACAGUUUCUGCCUUGUGUGGAUACUCCAAGUUCAAGAGCAAAACUUCUAGCAUCGCAUUCCAACACACCAUGAUGUUCCAGUCGAGAAAAUACGAGUUUUCAGUCACCAAUAAAGGCCAAGUUGGUCUAUCUUACCACUGGCGCAUCGAAUUAGAAGACGGAAGAAGCUUAGAUUACCCUGUUGAAGAGCAACAACCGUCGCAUCUUAGACCGCUCUCUAGGCAGAACACCUCCCUGGACAAGAAUAGUGCAGGCAUGGUGCCAGAGAUCCUUCCCCCACCGACUCCUGGUUAUAUACCUUUUAGUAUAGAGCCCUUCGUGGGGACAAUUAACGCAGGGAAGAAGAAGACAUUCCACGUCAGAUUUGCACCGUUGGAUAUCGGGGAGUUUAAAGGAAAACUUAUAUGCAGCAUUCCAAAUCUAGACCCCAACGAGCAUGCAGGCAGCAAUGGGAUCAUGGAGAUCCAGAUCUCUGGUUCGAGUGAGAUGCCCUGUGUGCACUUCGAACUUCCAGAGUCAGACUACCUUUCUGGCAACAGACGAGACCCCACCAGGAAGGGACCGGGAGGGGAGCCAGCGGGUACUCUGGACCCUAAUGCUAAAGUGCUAGAGUUUUCCGUCACUGGAGUGGGAUUCAAAACUCACAAGAGCUUCGACGUGAUUAACCCGACCAAGAACACAUACAGUUACUCGUGGCAGUGUCUGGACCUAAAGAGUGUGAAGAAAGAGACUGCCUUCAAGUGUCUCAACCCCAAGGGACAGAUCUUGUCCGGGCACUCCACACAGAUGGGUUUUGAGUUCCGACCGAGUGACCUUGGAGUGACGGAGUCCUUCUGGCGCUUCUCUAUCCCUGGCCAGAAGAUCAGUCUGCUGUUCCUUCUGGUAGGCACGACCUCCGAGCCAACUGUCCGAUUCGAGAGGUCACACCUCAGCUUCAGAUCGAUCCUCGUUGGCGAGCAGUCCCAUGAAUUGAUCCACCUCGAAAACGACGAGGACUUCCCUCUGUCCUACUCGUUCGAUGCCGAGUCAAUCUACACAGAGGGACGUGGAGCCAUGAUAGGCAUCAUGCCCAUAGCCGGAGUGAUCCCCCCUAAAUCCAGGGCCCCGCUUGAUCUGUUUUUUACUGCCCCCUCGGAUAAGGAGUAUAAUUUCAACCUGAUAUGCAGGGUCAAGCACCGGAGGGAACCCUUGAUGUUGAAUGUGAAGGCAGAGGGUUUUAGUGUGAGGGCUGAUUUAGUGUGUGAGAGUGCAAGCGGCCAAAUGGUCAAAUUGACUGCAAAUGGACGAAAUGAGAUCAAUCUCAAACAGGUGGAACCGAAUGAGCAAGCAGUGCGGAGUCUGCAAGUCUCGAACCCGGGCAAGUACGCGAUAUCGUACAAGUGGACCAUCUCCAGCCACCGCGAACUAGUCUCCAUUUCACCCGAGGAGGGAGAACUUAAACCCGGUCAAAAGUGCAGCACCACUCUCGCAUUCCUCUCCGCCAAGAAUUGUGAGCUGAGGAAUUGCAUAUUGACUCUAGAGGUCAAGCGAGGCCCCAAUUAUCAAGUGGCGCUUCUGGGAAAAUGUGUGGCGCCGUUGCUUGUCUUUUCGGCCAAGAAGGUCAACUUCGGAAGUGUUUUCUUGGCCCGUGCGGGCAUGAAGCCAUCUGUAGAGAAUGUUCAGAUCACAAACAGUGACUCGAAGCCUAUUAGUGUGCAGUGUCUGUUCGAAGACACAGAUGCUCUGCAAGUGGGUUUCCAGUCCUGCUCUCUGGAUCCGGGCCAGUCCGCAUCCGUCACUCUCACCUUUAGUCCCCACAGGGUGGGUGCAGUUGAAGAAGUGGUCGCAUUCUUCCUCAACGGGCUGUCUACUUCCACCCUGCAAGUCAAGGGCGAAGGAAUCACUGCAAAUAUCGAAGCAGCAGAUGGGAUGAAGCUUCUGAACUUUGGCUCCGUCAAAGCAGGAAAACAGGCGAAGAAGCAGACGACUCUCACCAACCACACAAAAGUGCCGGUGACUUUUGACCUCUGUAUGUCACCCACGUCACCAAGAGGGGUCACUCUGGCUCAGAGUGUGUCAAUUACACCCUCGAAAGUGACCAUGAAGCCCAAUGAGUCUGUGAAUGUAGUUGUCAAAUUGUGUUCAAACGAGAGAAUCCCUGCUUUCUCAGAAGAGGUGUACCUGGAGAUGGCUGGGAGUAGUGUGCCAGUGUUCAGUGUGAGUGGCAGUGUGGUGGACCAGAGUGUGCGUCUGGACACACAGGCAGUGCCAUUCGGGGCAGUCGUGGCCAGGGGCGAGAGCAGACGCCGACUACUCAUGACCAACGACGGCGACAUAGGAGUGUACUUCAAUUGGGACGUGGCCAAAUUCAAGCCGGACUUCAGCAUAGUUCCAUCUAAAGGGUAUAUCGCACCAGGGAUGGACCUGCCUUUGGAAAUUGCAUUCCAGCCUUCAGUUGUGAACGCAGACAUCCGAUACAGCAACCUCACUUGUAAUAUAGAGGGGGGCAAACCUCUUAAGCUCACCCUUACUGGAGUGUGUGCUGCGUGUCCUCCUACUGGAAAGGAACUUGUCCAGUUCCAAUGUAGUGUGCGAGAGACCGACCGUAAAAUGGUCAGCAUCAGCAACAAGACCGGAUCCCAGUGGGUUCUGACUCCGGUUAUCGAGGGCGAAUUCUUCCAGGGUCCAGAUACCCUGGUUAUUGACGCAGGUGCAACAAAACCGUACAACAUUUCAUACAAGCCAUUCCGAAUGACGUCGGCUGAUAAGAAGCACCUGGGAUCAGUUUUCUUCGCACUUCCGGAUGGAAGUGGACUUUUGUAUAAUCUGCAAGGUGCCGCGGAUCCUCCAAAGCCGGUAGACACUAUCAUCCGGGAGGUUCCUUCCAAACAGCCUCACACUGAGUUGAUUCCUGUUAGUAACUGGGAGAAGACUCCGCAGAGGUUCAAGGUCAUCAUAGACCUGAUGAAGCCGGAUAAACUGGACCCCUCUACUCAACUUAAUGGACUGGAUUAUUUGGACGUGCCUGGAUUGACCAAAAGAGACUACAAACUGAAUUUCUACUCGCAUAAAGAGGGGAACUUCCAGGCCAAGGUGACGUUUGUGAACGAGAAGAGUGGCGAGUAUGUGUUCUUCUUCCUCAACCUGAGAGUCAGUCUGCCUGGAGUGAUGGAGACUGUGGAACUGGAGACCCCCUGCAGACACCCCCUCUCCCACUCCAUCACACUCGCCAACCCCCUCCCCAACAACGGGGUCACAUUCUACGCCAGCUGUCCCUGUCCAGAGAUACUCAUGCCCCCGCAGUUCGUUAUUGCGCCAGAGUCUUCAUGUGAUUUCAACAUAGAGUAUCUUCCUCUGAGAGUGGAGGAAACUUCGGUCAAGUUAGUUCUGAACAGCACUGAGUUAGGAAGCUACACUUAUGACCUGGUGCUUCGCAGUCUGCCCCCCAGACCAGAGAAGCCCCUGUUCUUCCGCGCUCCUCUGGGGUCCCAGCAGACCCUAACAGCCACAUUCCUCAACUACUCCAAGGCCAAGUGCGAGUACACCAUCAAGAUUGAACAGCCCGAGAGGACUGCGGGCAAAGAGGACUUUUCGGUUGAGAAGACAAUCAUCCCUGCAGCUCCUGGAACUAGCGCAGGAACCGAAGUCUCUUUCGAUGUCACCUUCGAACCCUCCUGUCUUGGGGACGUCAAGGCUGAAAUGCGGAUUUUCUCCCAAGUGGGUGGGGACUAUUUGUUCAUGUUGCACGGAACAGCAACCACGCCCAAACCUCAGGGUCCAUUCAGCGUUAAAGCGGGGGGAUCUAUGACGAUUCCUUUCAAAAAUAUCUUCCAUUCACAACAACAAUUUGUAUUCUCGAUUGACAAUCCGGCGUUCACUGUGAAAGGCAACGAGAAUCUAAAGGGGAAGAAAUCAACCAAUCUGCACGUGGCAUUUGAAGGCAACCCAGAUGGGUCAAAGAUGCCAUGUAUGGGCAAAUUGAUGGUCUCGUGUCCAAAAAGUAUGGCCGGCAAAAACACUUCAUGGUCGUUCUAUAUCAAAGGCACGCAUUGAACUUGAAAAAUUCCACAACUUGAGCCACAGUGACUUAAAACGCUUAAAAUUGAUUAAAUCAUUCCAGAAAAUCAUCAUAGUUGUAAGUUACACACAAUGUGUGAGUUUACUGUACAGAAAAACUGUAAAAACAUAUUUUUGUCAACUGUAAAUAGAAUUGUACAUUUGCAUAAUCCGAA